CAUCAUCAUCAUCAUCAUCAUCAUCAUCAUCAUCAUCAUCAUCAUCAUCAUCAUCAUCAUCAUCAUCAUCAUCAUCAUCAUCAUCAUCAUCAUCAUCAUCAUCAUCAUCAUCAUCAUCAUCAUCAUCAUCAUCAUCAUCAUCAUCAUCAUCAUCAUCAUCAUCAUCAUCAUCAUCAUCAUCAUCAUCAUCAUCAUCAUCAUCAUCAUCAUCAUCAUCAUCAUCAUCAUCAUCAUCAUCAUCAUCAUCAUCAUCAUCAUCAUCAUCAUCAUCAUCAUCAUCAUCAUCAUCAUCAUCAUCAUCAUCAUCAUCAUCAUCAUCAUCAUCAUCAUCAUCAUCAUCAUCAUCAUCAUCAUCAUCAUCAUCAUCAUCAUCAUCAUCAUCAUCAUCAUCAUCAUCAUCAUCAUCAUCAUCAUCAUCAUCAUCAUCAUCAUCAUCAUCAUCAUCAUCAUCAUCAUCAUCAUCAUCAUCAUCAUCAUCAUCAUCAUCAUCAUCAUCAUCAUCAUCAUCAUCAUCAUCAUCAUCAUCAUCAUCAUCAUCAUCAUCAUCAUCAUCAUCAUCAUCAUCAUCAUCAUCAUCAUCAUCAUCAUCAUCAUCAUCAUCAUCAUCAUCAUCAUCAUCAUCAUCAUCAUCAUCAUCAUCAUCAUCAUCAUCAUCAUCAUCAUCAUCAUCAUCAUCAUCAUCAUCAUCAUCAUCAUCAUCAUCAUCAUCAUCAUCAUCAUCAUCAUCAUCAUCAUCAUCAUCAUCAUCAUCAUCAUCAUCAUCAUCAUCAUCAUCAUCAUCAUCAUCAUCAUCAUCAUCAUCAUCAUCAUCAUCAUCAUCAUCAUCAUCAUCAUCAUCAUCAUCAUCAUCAUCAUCAUCAUCAUCAUCAUCAUCAUCAUCAUCAUCAUCAUCAUCAUCAUCAUCAUCAUCAUCAUCAUCAUCAUCAUCAUCAUCAUCAUCAUCAUCAUCAUCAUCAUCAUCAUCAUCAUCAUCAUCAUCAUCAUCAUCAUCAUCAUCAUCAUCAUCAUCAUCAUCAUCAUCAUCAUCAUCAUCAUCAUCAUCAUCAUCAUCAUCAUCAUCAUCAUCAUCAUCAUCAUCAUCAUCAUCAUCAUCAUCAUCAUCAUCAUCAUCAUCAUCAUCAUCAUCAUCAUCAUCAUCAUCAUCAUCAUCAUCAUCAUCAUCAUCAUCAUCAUCAUCAUCAUCAUCAUCAUCAUCAUCAUCAUCAUCAUCAUCAUCAUCAUCAUCAUCAUCAUCAUCAUCAUCAUCAUCAUCAUCAUCAUCAUCAUCAUCAUCAUCAUCAUCAUCAUCAUCAUCAUCAUCAUCAUCAUCAUCAUCAUCAUCAUCAUCAUCAAGUAAUCAUAUUUAUUUUUUUCAAAAAAGAGGGGUGAAUAUGAUUUAUACAUUCUACAUCUAG